AUGGAAACGUGCACACCGACAAUCCCAUUGGGUCCUGUACCUCGAUACCUCGACUCCCGUAAGUGGACUCUGGGCUCCGGGCGAUCACCAGACCACGACCGAAUCACAAACCGGCUUCGAGAAUCAUUCACGGCCAACCGCAUCGGUGUGAAAGUCAAUAUGAGAAAAAUCGGGGGUGGAAAGAGAGAAAAUCAAGGUAAUUGCACUACGGAGGACCGUCUCUACGCCGAAGUUUGCCUGAACACGGUAAAAGAUAUAGUUGUAAAUUGUUUGCUAUCGAAUUACAUUAUGUUCGAGAUCGCCUCCUUGCACCACUUCCACAACCGUGAGGUCAAGCGUUCCAAAGAACUGAGAAAGGGGUGA